AUGUUCCCCAGAAGAGUACCUGGAGCCGCCUCACCUCUCACUUGGAGUAAAGGAAGAGAUGUCCUAAAGUGCGGGAAAGUCUCUCAGAGAAGUUCAAUAUCUAUAGAAACCAGAGAUCUCACAUGGGGGAGAAGUAUUCCUGUUUCGAGUGUGGGAAAUGUUUUUCAUGUAAGUCCUAUUUUUAUAUAUACCAGUGAUAAUACAAGAGGGAGCAGCCAUACCCUUGUUCAGAGUGCGGGAAAUGUUUUCUAUAGAAGUCCAGCCUGCAUAUAUAUCAGAGAUCUCACAUUAGGAAGAUGCUAUAUCCCUGUUCUAAGUGGGGGAAAUGUUUUCUCAGGCAAAACUAGACUUUACAUAUAUCAGAGAUCUUACACAGGUGAAAAGCCAUAUGUCUGUCCUGAGUGCGGGACACACUUUUCAGUGAAGCCCAGUCUUCACACACAUCAGAGAUCUUACAUGGAGGAGAAGUUGAAUACCUGUUUGGAGUGCGGGAAAUGUUUUUCAGAGAAGCCCUUUUCUUCAUAUAUGACAGAGAUCUCAUACGGGGGAAAAGCCGUAUUGGGUAUCAGAGGGUGA